GUUGUCUUAAUCUCAUGAAUGUGUCAUUUAUAGUUGUUUUCAUUUUGUAUGCUUAAACGGCUGGUGAAUAAUAAAGUUGGAAUUGGCUUUUCCGAUAUGCAAGAAAUGUUCGAUGUGAUGUAUCGGACAGUCAUCGACCAAAACUCCUCACUUGAACAAUUAUUAUUGGCUCCACCAGUCCGAUUACUGUCUUUUAUCUUAAAUCAGUCUAAAUCUGUUAAUCACACAUGUGACCAAAAUAUGACGAGUGCAAAAAAGCAACCAUACGUUAAUCCAAGAAUUAGAGGGAUAUCAGACGAUGAUGAAAAAGAAGUAUUAAGAAAGCUACAACUGUUGUGUCGAUACGAUAGUGAGAAUGAAAUGGUAAAUUUAGAAACGGUUACAAACAAAUGGAAAAAAGCAGCUUGGAAGGCACUACAAGAACUGAUUUCCUUUUCUGGAGAAAAAACAACUGAACAAGAAAUAUUAAGUAAAGUGGGGAUAGACCCUGCUACUAUCACACUCAAACCAGAAGAAUUGUAG